AUGGCGGCAAACGGCCUACGAAACCUGAGCAGAUUGGCCAUACCGGCAGCCGGCGCUGUCGCCCUGUUUCAGUCCUCCAUAUACGAUGUACGCGGCGGAUCCCGAGCCGUCAUCUUCGAUAGAUUUGUGGGAGUGAAGGAGGACGUCAUUAGCGAAGGCACACAUUUCCUGGUACCGUGGUUGCAGAAGGCUAUUACUUUCGAUGUGCGGACGAAGCCGAGAAUGAUUGCCACGACGACGGGAAGCAAGGAUUUGCAGAUGGUCAGCUUGACGCUGCGAGUAUUGCACCGACCGGAAGUGAAAUCUUUGCCCAAGAUUUACCAGAAUCUCGGCACCGACUACGACGAGAGGGUCCUCCCCUCCAUCGGCAACGAAGUUCUCAAAUCCAUCGUAGCCCAAUUCGAUGCGGCGGAGCUCAUCACGCAGCGCGAGGCUGUCUCGAACCGCAUCCGCAGCGACCUGAUGAAGCGGGCGUCCGAGUUCAACAUCGCGCUCGAGGACGUCUCCAUCACGCACAUGACGUUCGGCAAGGAGUUCACCAAGGCGGUUGAGCAGAAGCAGAUCGCGCAGCAGGAUGCUGAGCGCGCGCGCUUCAUCGUCGAGAAAGCCGAGCAGGAGCGUCAGGCCAACGUCAUCCGCGCCGAAGGCGAAGCCGAGAGUGCCGAGACCAUUAGCAAGGCCAUCUCCAGGUACGGCGACGGUCUCAUCAUGAUCAGGAAGAUUGAGGCCAGUCGCGAGAUUGCGCAGACGCUGGCUUCGAAUCCGAAUGUGGCAUACCUGCCGGGUGGUAAUGGCAAGCAGGGUGGUCAAUUCUUACUUUCGGUGGGGAAGGCAUAG